CAGCUGCUGCGCGUCACGAGUGGAAACAUAAGCGUGGAUUUUAUUUUUGUCGGUGACUCCUGUCCGGUUCCCUCUCCGCGCGCCCCGGUGAUCCUCCCACACAUGUGGAGGUAACCUCAGAGUUUGACAGCCACUGUCUCUCCGGUGGUGACGGCAGCGCACCGGCGGGCAGCCAGCUCCGUGCGCCCGGAGGAGACGCGGCCAGCAUGCUGUGCGCCUGGCAGGACUCGUGGAACAUGACGGACACAAACUGCAGCGACGGGUUCAACUUGACGCAUCAGCCGCAGCCCGGCGCCACCGCCGCCACCAUCAUCGGGAGGAGGAACGACACCGACCCGUUCGGACGGAACGAGGAGGUGGCCAAACUCGAGAUCACCGUCCUGAGCCUCGCCUUCGUCGCGGCAGUGGUGGGCAACGUGAGCGUGCUGCUGGCCAUGUACAAGACCCGGCGGAAACCGUCGCGCAUGCACCUGUUCAUGAAGCACCUGAGCCUCGCGGACCUGGUGGUGGCCGUGUUCCAGGUGCUGCCGCAGCUCUGCUGGGAGAUCACCUUCCGCUUCUACGGCCCGGACUUCCUGUGCCGCAUCGUGAAACACCUGCAGGUGCUCGGCAUGUUCGCCUCCACCUACAUGAUGGUGAUGAUGACCCUGGACCGCUACAUCGCCAUCUGCCACCCGCUGCAGACGCUCCAGCAGCCGAACCAGCGCGCGCACAUCAUGAUCGGCUCCACGUGGGCGUGCAGCCUGGUGCUCAGCACCCCGCAGUACUUCAUCUUCUCCCUGAGCGAGGUGCACCCCGGCUCGGGCGUCCACGACUGCUGGGCUCACUUCAUGGAGCCGUGGGGGCUGCGCGCCUACGUCACCUGGAUGACGGCCGGGAUCUUCCUCGUGCCCGUGGCCGUGCUCGUGUUCUGCUACGGACUCAUCUGCCGCACCAUCUGGAGGAACCUGAAAUAUAAGACCCGGACGAGGAGGACGGUGGCGGAGGCCAACAGGAGCGGGAUGCUGGGCCGGAGCUCCGUGAGCAGCGUCAGCACCAUCUCGCGCGCAAAAUUACGCACGGUGAAGAUGACUUUCGUGAUCGUGCUGGCGUACGUGGUGUGCUGGGCGCCUUUCUUCACCGUGCAGAUGUGGUCAGUGUGGGACAAGACCUUCUCCUGGCACGACUCUGAGAACACCACGGUGACGCUCACCGCCCUGCUGGCCAGCCUCAACAGCUGCUGUAACCCCUGGAUCUACAUGAUCUUCAGCGGUCACCUCCUCUCUGACUUCGCCAGCAGCCUGCCGUGCUGGCGCUCGCUGAGGGGAAAGUUAGGCCACCAGGAUUCUGACAGCAGCAUCCGCCGCACCACGCUGCUGUCCCGCCUGCAGGGCCCGCGUCUCUCUGAGCCGUUCAGAGACCUCAACCCUCCUCCCAAAAACUGUCCACAGGUCCCAUCUGCGUCUUGACCGCUGGGAACACUGCUGUGUGUCCGAUUGGCUAAAAUGACACAGAAAACAUGAGCUGGUCUCAAUCUGCUGGUUCAUAGCAGCGACGGAAGGUAUGACCUCAUCUGAGGGUGCGGUCACGCCUGCAGCUUGUUUUCUUUGGUCCGAUCCAGAGUGGAAACGUUUACUCUGUGGCAAAUAUUUGCUGUUUGUUUCUUAAGCUGUUGGAAAAGAGCUCUAAUCACUCUCAGUCUGCAGGGUCAGAGAAUUCAGGGGUUAAACAGAAACAAAUCCACUCACUUUAAACUCAAGUGUUUUCCAGCCUGGAUCCUCUCCUCACAUGUUUCUGUGUUUAAGAGACUGAUGGGAACAAAAACGCUUGAAACUGGUCCAGUGCAGUGAUGUCAGUGUUGGUUCAUUAUGCUUUCAAUAGUCCGACACCCAUCAGCUGCUAACUAACCAGCUAAAAUGAUGUGAAAUACCAGACAAAUGUCCAUUUAGUGCAGCGCUCCACUGACUCACUGACCAGCGUCGCAUUUCAAAAUUCUAUCUAUUUAGACGUGGCGACAAUUUGAUGUUUUGUGAUGUAAAUGUUUUGCCCAGCUAGCUGUGUUAACAUGAAAACGUAGUGCCCAGUGCCCACCCUCCAGUCUCUACUGGUUAGCUAACGUUAGCCUUGAACACUAUGCACUCACGCAGCCGGGUUGGGUGGGAGCUAGCUAGCAGCGCCACAGCAAUACCAACCAUGAUGGUAUUGCUGCAGAAACAUGAGCCCCUUUUACACUGCCAGAUUUUCGGCGAAUGUUGGGCCGUUUUGCCGGCAAGCUGCGAGCGUUUAGACACACAGAGCCGGAUUGGCGAGUUGAUCCGAGGUGCCCAAUUUUCCACCUCGUAGGGUAGACAUAUUGGUGGAUCCUUUAGUUGAGCUACACGUUUUGUUACUUGCUCACGCCCCCCAUUGCCCCGAAAAAGACACAUUCUGUAUGAACAAAAGUAGGCAGGCGGCAUUUUGCUGCACUCCCCGAUUUUGUUUUUAUACUGCCAAUGCUGAAAAAACACUGAUUGGGCUUUCCUGCAAAUUUGCACAACUCCUGUCUAAACAGGGCUGUGGUGCUCACCCUCCAGUCUCCCCCCGGGUCGCCCCGAUGAGUAAGCAGCUUCAUUUUGAUUCACAAACCCUCUUUAGUAUUGUCAACUCUGUUAGCACAACGAGCUGUGCUAACACUGCUAAUGGUGCUAACAGAGUUUUUUCACAGCCUAUUUUAGGAUUUCGCGGGCAGUGUGGACCAGACGUUAGAAUAACAAUCUGAGCCUAUCAGUGACAAAAACAAACCCUGUUAGUGGACGGACACUGACGGUGUGAACAGAGUGGUUACAUUACAGCCUGUUUCACUGCUGCAGCCUCAUCAGUCACUGAGACACAGGAACAUGGCGAACAGAGUGCAGGCUGAAACAUACUGACGGCAAUCUUUAUCUGUUAUUAGCAUGGUGGUCUUGUCUGCACUCUUUGCUGUAGUUGAGCUUCUUUAGAACUGAGAUUCAUUUCGUGACGCAUGAGGAAACUGCUGCUUUCAUAUGUCAACAUUCUCUUUAUACCCAUGAACCCUGGUGCUGUCGGGCUGUUUCCUGUGGAUUUUCAGAUUACAGUCAGUGAGUAAACUUUGUAAAAAGGAGCCAACCUCUCCCACAUUCUGACCACAGAGCUAGUUAUGAAAAUGAUGUGGAUGUGACGACUGACGGGACCAAGUCAGAGCCGCUCUGUUCCCGUCUGGGUCGGCCAGUGUUGACGGCCUGCAGAUAAAAUCAGACACUGUUUGAUAUUUAAAGAGUCUAAUCUGAAGUCUUUAGGUUCAGUCGCUGCAGGUCGUUUUCAUAAAGAUUAUUUUAAACAUGUUUGGUAUUUGAUAUCACCAUCAUACAUCAAGCUAUCCAAAUAUAUUUCUCUAAGUUUAAGGGAUUACACACAUGCACAGAAAUGAUUUACAGCAGAGUUGCUACACUUUUUAAAAGGUACUGGGGCUGCAGCUCAUGGCUCUUCUCCCGAUCAAUUAAUCAGAGUUAUUUUUGUAAUUAUUGAUUAAUGGUUCGGUCUAUAAAACGUCAGAAAUGUAAGCAGAGAGAUUUUCCAAAAACAAAGUUUACAUUCUCAAAUCCUUUGUUUUGUCCAACCUUCAAUCAGAAACCCGAAAGAUGCUCAGUUUACUGUCAGAGAAGACAAAGGCAACCAAAUAUUUAUAGUAGACGAGCUGGAAACAAGGAAUUCUGGGUAAGCCUCUUUAAAAAACAACUUUAACAACAAACUAGAGUCACUGCCCCGCAGUUAUAUCUCUGUGGAGCCAUGACAGCUGACUUCACACACAGAAGAUCUGACCAAAUGUCUCCCCUUCUGUUCCUGAGAACAUGAUGAUGUCACAGUCAGGCUGACCUUUGACCAUUAUUUUAUCCUGUUAGACAUUUGUGUCAAGUUUGGUCAGAAAGUGGAUGAAUUCUUCAGUUAUGGCCAAAAACAUGUUUAUGAGGUCACACUGACCUUUGACCCCCAAAUUCUAGUCCAUUCAUUCUUGAAUAAAAGUGGACGUUUGUGCCAAAUUUGAUUAAACUCCUGCAAGACCUCCUUCAGAUAUUGCAUUCAUAAGAAUGAGAUGGAUGCAAGUUCAAAGUGCCCUUGACCUUUGACCACUAAAACAUAAUCAGUUUAUCGUGGGUCAAACUGAACGUUUGUGCCAAAUUUAAAGAAAUUCACUCGAUGUGUUUUUCAGAUUUCACGUUCACAAGAAUGAGACAGAGGAGGUCGCGGUGAUCUUUGACCACCAAAUUCUAAUCAGCUCAUCGUUGAGUCCAAGUGGACGUUUGUGCCAAAGUUGAAGGAAUUCCUUGAAGGUGCUUUUAAGAUUUUAUGUUCACAAGAAAGGGACAGAAAACCUGAAAACACGAUGCCUCCGUCCGUGGCUAUCGCCAGUGCCGAGGCAUAAAAAUGCUUUCUAACAAUUUCACUCUGAAAUGUUCGAAGAUUUUAUUAUUAUUAUUUUAUUAUUUUCUAUCAGCUCUAAAACGUGCAGAGUCUCCUCUGUUUCCACGUCACAGUGUUACAGUUCAGUUUGUGAUUAAAUGUCCUGGACUGUUUUUAUUUUUACAGUCGUACAAAGUUAUACUGAAGUUAAUGUGAGCUGAUUCACAUCGUGUAGAUUAUUAUCAGCUGAUCACUGUGGCUUUAAAUGGAGGUGAAUAAUAAAGAAAACUAAUUUAAUGUUUAAUAAAGUUCGUUAAAGGUUGUUCAACUGCACUUUGUUUAACAGAAACAGCAUAAACCCUGUGAACACACACACACAUACUCCUCAGAGACUCAUUCCCAGCUGUGUUGUUGUUGCUGUAAAGAUGUUUUAUCACUGUAAUGUUUUCUGUCAUCUAUAUAUUGUUGUAAAAUAUGUGCUGCACAUGUUGUAAAUAAAAAUAAAUGUUCUGU